AGACUAACGUUAUAAAUACAGAAAACACCCGACUUCACCACCAGUUAAACGCCCGUGUCCAAAACAACCAGAUCUCUACAAGUCACUACUGACACAGACACAAGAUGAGGGUCCUACUUACCGUGGCCGCAUUGUGUGUAGUAGCCAUAGCGGUGACCGCUAGACCUAACGGUCAAGGCGGGAGCCGACAGGAAGCAAGACGAAAUCGAUGCCGAUACGAUCGAUCAGUGGCGUGGGAUCGGACAGCGUGCAAUGUGGACGGGGCCGAUCUGGAUGUCGCCAUGGCAACCAGAACCUCUCCGCUGUUGUCUGGAGCAGAAGGAUGCGAUGCCACAAAAACUGAGGAAGUGAAAUGUAGUGAGAUCGACGAACGAAUAGCGCGACAAGAAAGAAUGGAAGAAAGGAAAGAGAUGAAGAAGUUGCAUAGGGAAAAUGGUUGUAAAUACGACUUUUGGACAGCCGAAUGGAACAAAACGGCAUGCGAGGAAGUUGGUGCCGAUCUGUCCCAAGCCAGGGGAACAGUUACCAUGACGCUAGUCUCCCAGGGUCAGCAGGAAUGUCCCCUGGUCAAGGUCAAGCCCGUUUCCUGCAACAGAUUCGAGAAGUGGUCAUACUGGAAAAAACAGCUCAUGGAAUUGAAGAAGAAAAUAAAGGAAAUGAAGCACGAGAAGAUUGCGUCUAAACGACAGGAAAAACAGUCGACCACAGAGCAGACGGCCACAGAACAGCAAACCACAGAACAGUCAACAUAAAAACAGCUGGGCUCAUUGGCAACUAAAUAACUUACAAACGGAAAUUAUGACUGUGCUUAUUGGUGACUCUGCCUGAAACUGAGUUACCGUGGAGAUUUCGUGAAGGUUUCUAAUGAAGAUUUUACUCGCUCCUCAAACUUUACAUGACUUGGUAAAUGAAAUUACAUCAAAUUACCAACAUUCAUGUUUUGAGGAACAUUUCGCAAGACUAGGUUAUAUUGUUAAAAAGA